AUGUUCAGUUUUAUUUAUUCAGAACGUAUGAUGAAAAUAACAGCCAUUUUGAAUCAGGAUGCAUUCAUACCAUGUGAAACAAGAAGUUCAUUAAUAGAUUGGAAUCUAUUACGUCAUCAAUCGUAUCAAUCGGAUAAUAGUCUUAAUAAACAAAUACGAUAUCGUAAUUCAUUUGGUCGAAUCAAUUUAAUUCUAUGGUAUCGAGAUGGAGUUAACGUUCCAUUUUAUACAGUUGAUGCACGAGCUUUAGGCAAUUUGCUUAAUAAUGAUAAAGAGGUUAAUGAUGAUAACGAACAACAAAUACCGAUCGAUCAUUCGAUGUUAACUAAUCCGGCCGUACGACAUAUAACAAAUGAUAGUCGUAUGGUUUUGGAUCUAAGUAAAAUGACGCCUUUGUUACGAAUCAAAAACGUGACCGAACAUGAUGAAGGCCUUUAUCAUUGUCGAGUAGAAUACUCGAAUCAUCGUACAUUUUCCACUGAAAUACGCCUCAACAUUGUUGGCCCACCGAUCUCGAUACUCAUAACCGAUACGGAAGGAAAUCAAUUAGAAGGUAUAAUUGGUCCAUAUAAUGAAUUUCAAAAUGUUACAUUAAUCUGCAAAGUUUUUGGAGGAAAUCCGAAGCCGAAUGUAAUUUGGUUUCGAAAACAAAGACUUUAUGAAGAAAUUGUCGAUGAUAGCUACGAAUCGUAUACAUUAGAGAAUUCAACAAUCAAUGGUAUUGUACGAAUGGCAGUUGUUAAUGUUCUCAAUUUACGCCGAUUAGAUCGUAAUGAUUAUAUGGCCAGCUAUCUUUGCCGUGCGUCGACUCGAUUCUAUUAUCGUCCAUUGAUUGCUUCAAUUACAAUCGACAUGAAUUUGAUGCCUGUUACCGUCAGAAUUUUUAUGAGUCGAUAUCAUCAACAGAUAAGUUUAUCAGCCGCAACACAGCCAGUGAUGGCUGAUAAAAUUGUCGAAUAUGGUUGUCGUACUGAAGGUUCUAAACCAAAUGCCAAUAUCGAAUGGUUUCUUGAUGAUCAACGAAUAAUUGUUCCAUCCAAAAUAGCAUCCAACAGUGUCGAUAAUGAUUUUUUGAUUCAAAAAACUGCUUCAUAUCAAUGGAUGUCAACAUCUUUUAAUAAUUGUAUUGUAAAUGAUGAUAGUAACAUUGUAAACGGAAAUGAACAAAUGGUCAACCAAAUAGCAAAAACAACAACAACAACAACAUCAUCAUCAGAAAUGUUGUUGAGUAAUGACAAUUCAAACUGGAAACUAACAGUAAAUGAACAAAUAAACUAUCAAAACAACUUAUUAUCUCAACAACAACAACAACAACGACAAAAGAAUCGACGACGAUGUAAAUUUUUGUCCAUUAUGGAAACACAUAAAACGAAUAGCACCUUAUCAAUUAUUCGAUUCAUACCCGAUUUUAGUGACAAUAAUCGUAUUCUUUCUUGUCAGGCUUCCAAUCCAUUUAUCGCCAUGGCCGAUAAUAACAAUAAUAAUAAUAUGACCGCGAACAAUUCGUUUAGUAGCCGAAGUAAUAAUAACAAUAGCAACAACAACAACAGGAUAACCGAUAAAAUAACGCUCAAUAUUCAAUAUGGACCGAUCGUUACAAUUGGAAUUGGAUUACAGAUAGAUAAUCAACAACAAGAACAACAACCGGAAAACAAUAGUCAAAAUAACAAUAAUAAUAAGAAUAACUACAAUAUUAACGAUUUAGGUCUAAUACAAUUUGAACGUAAUUUUAAUGUUGAUGAUGUGGAACAACCAGAGCAGAAAAUUAUUACUAUUGCCGAACAUCUAUUGUCAUUGGAAUUAAAUUGCCAUAUCAAAGCAAAUCCAUGGAUUGAGAAAGUGUUAUGGUAUUUAAAUGAUACUAUUAUCGAUGUUGUAGAUGAUUAUGAAAAGGAAUUGGAAAAUUUAUCAUCAACGAUUCAUGAUAUUACUAUUUCAUCUCAUCAUUUUUAUUUAACCAAUCACAAUCAAACAUUAAGAUUGAAAACGAUCAAUCGUUUUAUUCAUUCCGGAUAUUAUCGUUGUAAAGCGUUUAAUUCUAUCAAUGAAAGCUUUAGUGAAAUUAUCAAAUUAAAUGUGGCGUAUGCACCAAAAUGUAUGAAUCCAGAAACACAAUUCUUAAUUGUUCGCCGUAAUGUUGGCCAAAUGAUGGUCGAUUGUCAAAUCGAUUCGGAACCAUCAGUUAAUGUUACCUACAAAUGGAAAUUAUCAUCUUCAAAGCUUACAACAUCAGUUGAUGAAAUGGAAAUAAAAACCAAUGAUGACAAUGAUGAUUCUGCCGAAAUGAGAGAUAUCGAAAAUGAUAGCCAUCAAACAUCGUUAACAGAAACAAUCAUAAUUGAUAAUGACAGUUCGAUAUUGGAUGUAAUUAUCGCUGUGAAUCGAUAUUUUGUCAAUUAUAAUGGUCCUCAAUUCAGUGAUAAUAAAAAAUAUGAUGACAGCGAUUCGAUUAUUAAUGAGCCAUUGAUGGAUUCAUAUUCUACGUUAUUGCUACAAUGUCAAGCACAGAAUAUGAUUGGUGAGCAGAAAAAACCAUGCACGUUUAUGCUACACAUUCAUCCGGGUAAGCAUUCAAUUGAAAUGUCACUGUAUACCGAAUUCACAGCAGAAAAUCUUUCCAAUAACAAAGUUAUUGCUAUCAUAACCUAAUGAACUUUCACCAGGUCCACCGCAAAAGAUACAAAAUUGUAUGUUUGGAUUGAACAAAACAAUUGACCC